AAUACCAAGCAACGUACUUAAAACGUUUUCCACCUACCACGACCUUUCACCUUUAUUCUUUUUCUAUCCACACACCAAACCAAACUCCAGUCAUCAUCUUCAUCUUUUCUCUCCCACUUUCAUUACAAUUCUUGAUUUCCACAAAAAGAUCAGCUUUACCAUUUCAGAACAUAUGAAUCCAAGAAAGGAACUCCCUUCUCGACUUAUCAAAUAUUGAUCUCGUUGAGAUAUAUAUAUGGAUGUCUUACUACCAUAACUUUUAAGGAACCAUAGUUUCACAAAAAGUUCAAUCCAAUUUGGACAGGUCCUCCCAAAAGUGUUUUUGCCAAAGCCAGGAACGUGCGUCCAACCUUUCCGGCCGAGGUCAACCUCCAAAACCAAGAAUUCAUUUCAAAAAUUGAAGAGAGAAAAAGAUAAUUGAGAAUAUGGAACCCCCACCACCAUCAGGGGUAAAGGCUCGUAUUUUAGAUGUUCCACUUCAUGGGGUUGGGUUUCAGUUUGUAGAAAUCACACCCCACAAAAUCACUGGCCGUUUACCUGUGACAGAAAAGUGUUGCCAGCCAUUUAAGGUGUUGCACGGUGGAGUUUCAGCACUAGUAGCUGAGUCUUUGGCAAGUAUGGGAGCUCAUAUGGCAUCCGGUUUUGGACGAGUGGCUGGAGUUCAUCUCAGUAUUCACCAUCUCAAGAGUGCUCAUAUUGGUGACGUUGUUUUUGCUGAGGCUGCACCUGUCAAUAUUGGCAAAACUAUUCAUGUUUGGGAAGUUUGUAUUUGGAAGAUUGAUCCAAACAAUGAAGAAAACAAGACUUUGAUAGCAUCAUCAAGAGUCACCCUUAAGGCCAACAUGUCUGUACCUGAAAAUGCCAAAGAUGCUGCUGUCAAUCUCAAGAAAUAUGCUAAGUUAUGAUCACGUUUAAUCGAGUUCGAUUGCAGCAUAUUUGAUUGUAAGCAAAACUGUACAUAAUCUAAUUGUGAAGAAAGACAAGAGAUGGGCUAAAUCGAAUUUGGAGUUUGAUGCUCCAUCAAUAAUUAAUGGAUACCGUAAAUAAUUUGUUUCA